AUGAAAUUGAGUAUAAAACGUUCGGAAUGCGUGUUAUUAAAUUUCAGAAAGAUUCUGAACCAAAAGAAAGCAUCAGAAAAGAUAAGAAUGCAGCAAAAGAACAACUGGUUACAUGAUGCACCACACGAUCGUGUCACAUUCAGCUUAGCUCAUUAUCAUUCAUUCGAUGAUAUUAUCAACUAUCUGAACGCACUUGCUAUCACAUAUCCAGAUCGUGUACGUGUCAUGCCAAUUGGUAUUACGCAUGAGGGACGUCAGAUACCGCUAAUCCAAAUCGGGAAACCAUCUCGACGAAUGAAACCUGGAAUAUGGAUCGAUGGAGGAAUUCAUGCUCGUGAAUGGAUUUCACCAGCUGUCGUACUCUAUAUGAUCAAUCAAUUAGUCGAAAAGUAUGAUAAAGAUGCUGAAAUGCGAAAUUUGGUUGAUAGCAUCGAUUGGUUUAUAGCACCGUUGUUGAAUCCAGAUGGUUAUGAAUACAGCCGUAGUAGUACUCAUCCAGAUAUUCGAUUGUGGCGAAAGAAUCGUUCACCCCAAGUGUGCAUACAGACUCGACAAAGUAAUUUGUUCUUAUUGAUUGCUUUCGAAAUCAAUAUGUUUUCCUUUGUGGAAACUCGUUGCUGUCAAGGAGUGGAUUUGAAUCGCAAUUUUGAUUGGGAUUUUGGCGUUGAAGGAUCUUCAACAGAUCCUUGCUCUGAAAUCUAUCAGGGUGCAUAUGCAUUCAGUGAACCAGAAACACGUGCCGUACGUGAUUUUCUCACCUCACAUAAUGCACAAAUGCGAGCGUUUUUAACAUUCCAUAGUUAUUCACAAAUAUUGAUGUAUCCAUUUGGACAUCAGGUCAGAACAUAUACUAGUGAUGUGCGUGAUCUUAGAAAUACAGCUUUACACGCUGCUAAUGCACUCAGAUCCUUGUAUGGCACCAAAUACACAGUCGGCACAGGAGCAGACACACUUUAUCCAGCGUCAGGUGGCUCAGAGGAUUGGGCGAAGGGUCGUAUGCGAAUUAAAUAUUCAUAUUUGUUCGAGCUGCGACCGGAAGAUGAGGUAUGGGAUGGCUUUCUGCUGGCUGAAAAUCAGAGAACAAAUAAUCUGUUCCUAUUGAUACUAUUAUCAUCUUUAAUAUCAUUUGUUAAUACUUUUAAUGUAAAUCCUCAUAAUAAUAGCUAUGAAAAAUAUUCUGUUUUACGAUUACAAACCAACAAUGCUAAGCAAUUCGAAACUGUUCGAGAUCUUUUCAAAUUAUCAAGUCAACUACGGAUCAAUUUUUGGAAAGCAACAAGAAAUAUUUCGGGUAUAAGUGAUAUCAUGGUUCCAUCAAGUACUAUUGACAAAGUGUUAAGCAUACUCAAAAAUGGAAAUGUCAAUGUAACAACCACAAUUGACGAUGUUGAAAAACUGAUAACUGAUCGUGAAAAGAGACGAGAUAUGGAUACUAUUUACGGAAGGCGAUACAAAGACGAUGAACAAAAUAAUGCGUUGAAUUACGACUUUUAUACAUACGGUUCGUAUCCACAAAUGGUCACAUGGAUGCGUGCGUUAGCUAGACAAAAUCCCAAAAUCGUACAAUUCAUAUCGAUUGGUAAAUCGCAUGAAGGAAGAUCGAUUGAUGGACUUGAAAUCGGUGGUGGCAGUAAUAGAACGAAGCGUGUUUUUUGGAUAGACGGAGGUAUUCACGCACGUGAAUGGGCUGCUCCACACACAGCACUUUAUUUCAUUCAUCAAUUAGUGUCAAAGUAUGGUCAUGAUCCAACAAUUACAAAUUAUGUGAACACGUUAACUUGGGUCAUCGUACCAUGUCUCAAUCCUGAUGGUUAUGAAUUCACACGUUCUUCUACAAAUCCAAAUGUACGACUAUGGCGGAAGAAUCGUUCUCAGUCAACGUGUAGUCGUGAUCAAUGGGGUCGAAAUAGGUGUUGUCGAGGAGUGGAUCUCAACAGAAAUUUUGACUUUCAUUUCAAAGAAAGUGGCUCAAGUGACGAUCCUUGCUCGGAAAUUUACCAAGGAAAGGAAGCUUUUAGUGAACCUGAAACACGUGCUGUAAGAGAUGCAAUUUUAUCGAAUCGUUAUCGAGAUCGUAUUGAUGGCUUCAUAACACUGCAUACCUAUUCACAAAUAUGGAUUCAUCCAUACGGUCAUCGCAGAGACACAUAUCCUGGCGAUGUUCAAGAUCUCUAUGCUGUUGGUAAAAAAGCAACAAACGCACUCGGUAAGCUAUAUGGAACGAAGUACGUUGUUGGCAGUGGUGCUGAUACACUUUAUCCUGCAUCUGGUGGAUCUGAGGACUGGGCCAAGCAGACAGCAAACAUCAAAUACGUGUAUUUACUCGAACUAAGACCUGACGAAAGAAAUUGGGAUGGUUUCAUCUUAGAUGAGCAUCAGUUGAUUCCAACCGCAUCAGAAACUUGGGCUGGUGUUCGCGUCGUUGCAGAUGCCGUCAUUGAACGUAUCAACAAACGUACAUCGCGAUUAGCUGCCGGCAAUAAACAAUAUCGAUUUGGUGAUGGUACCACGGGUUCAUGUUAUGAUUUACGACAUGCAUGUAAACGUUGGAUACAACAAAAUGAAACACUUUGUCAUACAGUACCUAUUUUUAUGCGUGAACAAUGUGCGUAUUCUUGUGGUCAUUGCUGA